AGACAUCUAAAACCUUAAAAUGGAGUCUAGUGCCCAUCGGUCUCAUCACUGUUUCGAUAUUCUUGAAGGAAUGUCACCACAAGACGAUCAUGUCAACUCAACAUUCCUACCAAACGCUAACUUCCAUGUCCCGUUGCAGUCCUUAUCGAAACGCAACAACAACAAUGGCUCUCACUUAGACCCAAACAUUUACCACAACGAGUGUCUCGAAAGAAGGGCAAGAAGAAUGGUCUCUAACCGAGAAUCUGCAAGAAGGUCACGUAUACGGACAAAGAAGCACAUAGAAGAGCUGCAGCAGCAGGUCGAACAGCUGAUGAUACUGAAUCAUAACUUGUCCGAGAGAGUCAUCCAUUUGUUGGAAAGCAACCACCAGAUGCUACAAGAGAACUCAAUGCUUAGGGAGAAAGUCUCUUCCUUUCAGUUGCUUAUGGCGGAAAUGCAAAUACCCAUGAGAAAUGUGGAUGGCAGCAUCAGUGACCGGGUUGUGAAUCAUCUCAGAGGAGAGACAUCAAACCGGACCAACACUUUCUUUGGUAGGUAA